CAGAGUCCGAAUGACAUACUUUCUUGCCUGUUUUGGUUUCUCCAAGAAACGAAAACGUCGAAAACCACCCAGUAAAAAUCCAUAUGGCGAACAAGUACAUGGAAGCUAUGAACCUCUAGACUCUAAUGUCAUUAUAAAGCUUGACAGCAGAGAGAAACCCAUCAGCCCAGAUUCUGAGUUAAUAGAUAAACACAGAGAAAAAUCGAGCCGAAGAACGAAAAAGAAAGUGAGCUUUAAUUUGAAUGUCAAAACUUAUGAGCCAAUAUCAAAAGAUGAGGAGACAGCAUGGGAGGAUAAUGAAGAAGAAACAGAGAAAGCAGGCAUAUCAAUGGAAAGAAUGGGAUCAUACCCUUCUAAUUACAGAUACCGAAACUGGAGAGAUGGCUACGAUGAAGACGAUGAUAUAGAGCUUGAAGAAAGUGAUCUAGAUGGCAAUGACAGCUAUGAUAGUGAUGAAGAAGACAAUCAUGGUAGCAACAAUCUUAAACAAGUAGAGUUUUCAAAGCAUUUUGACUCGUUAUCUAUGGAGUUAGAGAAAAGAGUUAGCUUAGCUCAAUUGGCUCAGAACAAAACCCGAACUACAAUGCACCAUUGUGCUUCACUGGAUGAAGAACUGAAGAAACCUGAAUCAAAUAGUCAUGCUCGAGAUAGGAGUCGAUACGUGCACUCUGUGCUGAACCCAGUGGAAAAUAUCACCCAAUGGAAAGCUGUUAAAGCUACAGAAACACCACCAUUGAAGCAGCGAAAGAAGGAGAAUGUCGCAUUUGACCAAGAACAAAAGAUAACCUUAAGUUCAAUGCCUAGUUUCAAUCUAUUUCAUUGUAAUUCUCUGCCAAACUUACACCAUUCCAAGCCUCUGAUGCCAAACAUUGCUGUUGAUGUCAGCCUCUCAAACUGGUUGGUUCCAUCUGAGAUAGAAGCCAUUGCCAAGAGUGGCACCACUGCAGAUGCAUCCAUGUCAUCAAACAAAAACAUGUUCAACAGAUCAAAUUCAUCAGUAGAGAAAAUUUACAGAUUAUAAGGAUCGCCAAAUUGCUGGCUGGAUUCAAGUUGUUCCUGGAAUGAUGAAAUGAUUCCAGAAGAGGAGAUGUAUUCAAGCAUCUACAUUGAUAAAGUAAACCAAUAUGGAAGCACAGAAAAAGAGAUUGAAGAGGACCUUUGGACAGAAGUUCCACCUAAAGCUAGUCUUUGUUUGUUUGUAUUAGCAUGUGUUAGAGAAGAGAGUGAAUAAUUUCAGUGUGCUAUUCUUUUGUGUCCCCGAGUCUGAGCUUGUUCUGAUACUGAUUGCUUUUAGCACAUGUUUAUGUGUUUAGGGUUUAUAUAGUGUUAAAAAAGUAUCAUUUGGUUUUGUUUGUGACUCCUUUCCCCAGACAUUCAAGACAGA